GAGAGACGAAACGACGCCACUUCCGGUUCUCAGAGGAAGUUUUCAUUUAGAAAUAAUUUGUAAAUUAUCUUGUGCUCCUGAAUUAUAUUAUUACCCAUAUUUUACAGAUAGUACUGCGGGUUUCGGGCUUGUUUUUUCAUGGUUUUUAAUGCUCGGGGGCGCUGAGGGAGCGGAGCGGGGCUGUGUGUGAGCAGCUGAGCUGAACGCUUUCAGUUUCAGCUGAGAUGUGAAGCGGCUGCGGGAGAGAGAUCACUCCGCGCUGAGUUUAAGCAGUGAUCCUGUGUUGUGCCAUGUCUCAUGAUAAAACGCGUUCCUCGGGUGGAGUAGUACUGGACCGCAGGAGAGCACUGACCAUCACAGCCGUGGGAAAACUGGACAGCUGUCGGAGUGGGGAUCCCUUUAAAAUCCCUAAACGGAGAGUCUCUGGUGAAGAUGAGUUUACAGAAGCAGAUGUGUCCAAAUACGCCAAAAAAUGUGCAAAGGUCCACUGGUCACAGCUGGCUUCCAAUGGGGUGUCCUCAAAGCCAGUUUAUCGUAAUGGGAGCCAAACAUCUGAUCAUAAUAAGAAGGACCUGGAUCAGUCAGAUAUGAAAAGGCGGCAGGUGAAGGUGGUUUUAACAGAUGUCCUCCAGACAGAAGAGGGCCGGAGGUACUUGAGUAGCUGUGGUCGUGAUUUUAGAAAGAAGUGCCAAUCAGAGCCUAAAGGAGACGCUAAGGAGGGGCGGAGAGACAGAAAAGCCCCAGCUGAGCUGAGAGAGAGGACGAGAGGUAGUCCACGAAAAAACACGUCCUCCUCCAAAUGGACUGAAUCACCGUCUACAGAACAGAGAGAAACCAGGUCUCCACUUUCCAAGAGACCCAGAAAAUCCAGCAGUUCACUGAAACCAACAGAGCCCACCAGCUCAAAUAAAAAAGAACCAUGUCCUCCUGAGAAAACUGUCUCUUCACAGGUUGAUCAUGUUCAAACUGCAGUGCCAAAACAGAUCAAAUCAAAAUCGCCAGACACUGACAAUGAUGAGUUACGCCCAGAUAAGAAAAGUGACUCUGCAAAGUCUCCAAGUGCCAGUCCGCUUCAUUUUGAAAGAACCAGCCUUUCUAAAGAAGAGCAGAUUAACGUGGAGCGAGUUUCUGAGGUGGAGGUCACUCCAAGACGCACUCCUUCACGAGCAAGACUGCAGAACAGAUCAGAGCAGCUGAGAAAUGACUUCAAUUCCAAUCAGCAAAACACCAGCGAGACAGAGAAGACCGAGAGUGCAGAAGAAAUCAGAGAAGAAGUAAAAGAGAAUAAUCAGGAGGAAGAAAAUUCAGCAGAUGUGCAGCAGAAUGGAGAAGUGAUGGAGGAAGGGGGCGGGUCCAGAGAGAGUGUCCUACGCCUAUCUCUCGGGGUAGUUGGAGAGCAGACGGAAAUGGGUUUGGCUGCUGGAGAGGUAACGCCCAGUCGCUGCGGGAGCCAGAAUGCAGAUCUUAAACUCAGGAAGGGGCUUCAGCUACAAACACCUGAACCAAUUGUUCUUUCCAGUGAGGAGGAGGAUGAAGAGGAAGGGAUGAAGGGUAAAAGCACAUCACGCCUUCGAACACUAGAGGGAGCUAAGACUCCACAGACACCGAAGUUACUUCCACUGACUGUGGAGAGAAAAAAGACUCCAGACCGAUUCAUCCGUACCCCAGAGAGGCACAACCAGGUUUCCAGCUUUGCUGACUGCGGUUUGACUGGUUCUACAGCAACGGAGCUCCAGAUCUCUGCUCUCUACAUGGGUGGACUCAGUGCCCUGUCCAAUGGGCUUGUGAAGAUCACAUCUGACUUUAUCACCAUUUCAUUGAAAGAUCCUUCAGGUAAAGAGGUGAAAGCUACCUUGGCUACAGUACAUUUACGCAAAUACAGUGUUUGGCACGGGGCUAUGGUCGAGGGCACCGAAUUGGUUAAGGAGGAUGAAACUCCGCCCCCCUCUCUUCUUCUCCUGUGGGUGUCUGAAACUCAGGCACAGCGCCUGUCCAGUGAAUUUUCUGCAUUUCAGCCUGGGACAAGUCUUGGUGUAACGGCCGAUGGAAGCGUGUGUGUGUUGCUGUGUAUGUCUGAGGCCUUGAAUGGAAUAGAGGGCGCCCUGCUCGCCUCUAUAAUGGACAUAGUGGGCCUCAGACACGGAAGCACUGCUCUACUUUCCUCACUUUCUCAAGCCGAGAGCAUGAAGCUCCUACAGUGUGGACGAGACACACACAUGCUACGGCUGUUAAGCCCCAGAAUAGAAACCAGCAGCUCCUCAAAUGAGUCCGUACCUGCACCAGUAGAGGCUGGCACGACUACAGCUCCUGUUACUACCCAGGAAACAGAAGUUCAGACCACAUCGGUCUACACAUUGUGUCACAACAGAGCUCAGGGCUCCUACAGUGUUUCUAUGGUGGCCAAACCUGGACCAGAGUGGGCUCCUUACAAGCACCGCGGUCCAACACGCAGGUUGAUCCAGUUUCCUCCUCCGCCGUGUAAAAGAGCCAUUACAGUAACUACUGAGGACCUGGAGUGCCUGGACAGUGGGGAGUUUCUCAAUGACGUCAUUAUUGACUUUUACCUCAAGUAUCUGUUGGUCCAGAAAGCCCCUCAGGCCUCAGUGAAGAGAUCUCAUGUGUUCAGCAGUUUCUUUUACAAGCAGCUAACCCGGCGCGACAAUGCUAAUGAAGACAGUUCCAGCACACCAGCUCAACUCAGAAGACACCAGCGUGUGAGGACAUGGACACGUCAUGUGGACAUCUUUGAGAAAGACUUCCUGUUUGUGCCUGUCAAUCAAGAAGCUCACUGGUAUCUGGUCGUUGUGUGUUUCCCUGGGAUGGAUGAGCCACAGUGGUUAAAGAGAGAAGGACAGGACUCUGCGGAGGACACUACUGAGAACUCGAGUGACUCCACUGCUGGAACCGAGACUCAGGAGGGAAGCAAAAACAACAGUGAGGGAGAGAAAAGUUCAGAUGAAAACAGUUCAAAGCCCGUUUCCAUUUCUGGUCCACCAAACUGCACUGAGAGGACAUGUACACGCAAGACUGUCUGUAAGAGACCCUGCAUUCUGAUCAUGGACUCUCUGAAGCUGUCUGUUCAUGAGCGCAUCUUUAAGCUCCUGCGCGAGUAUUUGCAGGUAGAGUGGGAAACAAAACGAGGUGGACAUCGAGACUUUAGUGCAGAGAAGAUGGUGGGCUCACACUGCCGGGUCCCCCUUCAGGACAACAGUAGUGACUGUGGCCUGUAUUUAUUGCAGUAUGCAGAGAGUUUUUUACAGGAUCCUGUGGUAAACUUUGAGCUUCCUCUGAGGUUAGAGUGCUGGUUUCCCAGGCAGCAGGUCCGGGAGAAACGGGAGGAGAUCCGGGAUCUUGUUCUGCGCCUCUACCGAUCCCAGCAAGGCUCACUGGGAAAGGAGGAUCCUGAGGACAACAUUGAAAUAGGAAAUGUAGUUCAGUAGCAUCACGUGUUCAGGAGCCUAUUAUUAUUUUAGCAUUCUUUUAUUUAUCACUUUUAUUCAGCUUGGUCUCUUGUCUUAGGCCUUUUAUAUGUUUUUUUAUGCUUUUAUACACAUUACAAAAACAUAUGUUUAGAAUGUAAUAAAUUUUUGAUGGCUUAAGUGAAGAAA